AUGAUAGCCAACGGCACGAAGAACGGCCUCGAUGGCCACGUCCGCUUCCUCUCCCUCUCCUACGACAGCGACAAGUCAGAAGAAUCCGCUCUGCGGCUAAUCCACACGCUACGCCCCGACUGGGUAGACGACCCGACCUCAAAGAUCGAGUUCGUGCGCUUCACCGACGGCAUCACAAAUACUCUGCUCAAGGCUGUGAACAAACGGCCCGGUCUGUCGAAAGAGGAGGUUGACAAGGAGUCCAUUCUGCUACGUGCCUACGGUCAUGGCACCGACCUCAUCAUCGACCGCCAACGCGAGACGCAAAACCACGAGCUGCUGAUGCAGCACGGCCUGGCACCCGAGCUACUGGCCCGAUUCCACAAUGGCAUGCUCUACCGCUUCAUCAGAGGAAGCGUCACGCACCCGGAGGACCUCCGGAAGCCCCAGAUCUACAACGCCGUCGCGAGGCGCCUGGCGCAAUGGCAUGCUACAGUACCCUGCCUCCCGGGCAAGACGCACAUCAGUGCUGGUAUGAACGGACACUGUCCCGAGAGCGCGGGGGCCUUGAACGGGCAUGCUAGUCUGCAGGAGGCCGUCGACAACGUGGCGCCGGGGAAGCUGCCCCCAAAUGUGUGGACAGUCAUGCAGAAGUGGAUAUUUGCCCUGCCUACGGAGACCGAGGCGCAGAGGCAACGCCAAGUGAACCUGCAGAAGGAGCUCGUCGGCUUGGUCGAUGAGCUAAGCCAUCGGCCAGGACUGGGCCAGGACGGGCUUGUAUUCGCCCACUGCGAUCUGCUCAGCGGGAACGUGAUCGUGCUUCCUAAGACGGAUGUUGAGAAGACCACGGAGUCGGUGACCUUUAUCGACUACGAGUAUGCCACCCCUUCGCCGGCGGCAUUCGACCUGGCCAACCACUUCGCUGAAUGGGGCGGCUUCGACUGCGACUACAACGUGCUGCCGACCCGGUCUCAGCGCCGCGAGUUCAUCGCCGAGUACAUGCGCUCCUAUGUCAGCCUUCUCCCGCCGACACAGAAGCUAGACGAGGCCUCAGAGGCCGAGAAGCUGUUUGCAGAGGUUGAUGUGUUCCGCGGCCUGCCGGGCUUCUACUGGGGCAUCUGGGCGCUCAUCCAGGCGACCAUCAGCGAGAUCGACUUCGACUACGCUGCGUACGCCGAGGUGCGCCUGGGCGAGUACUGGGCGUGGCGUGCCGAGGAGGACGGCACCCGGGCCGCCUCUGGCAAGGAGAUGCCCCUCCGGGAAAGGAGGUGGUGUCAAGAGGCGUGA